CUUGAUCCCCAGUUCAUAUCCCUACCUAUCAUUCUUCCACCACUCAUUCCGUACCUCUCAGCCCAUCCAGGUCCUUGCGCCAUUUGCUUCAUUGUGUCAUUAUGACUGCCAGUACAUCGAAAGGCCAAUCUAUCAGACUUAAAGCGGAAAAAAUCUACUGUGCACCCUCUGGCCGCAUACCCGCAGGCAUUUACGUGUCCGUCAAAGUCAACCCGAGGAGAUGCUGGAAAUCAGCCACCCGAGUCCUAUCGUCCGAUAAAUCUGUAGCGUGGGGCGAUACCGUGAUCUUAUCACGGGACACAUUGCCUACUAGAUUAUCACUGGAAAUACGGGCAUCCUUUGAGCUUGGUCGAAUGCUAGGCAAUGGAGAAAUCGUUAGCAAGAUUGACCACUCGUGGAAUGAGCUUCUACUAGAUUAUGGUGACGAUGAUGAUGAGGACGAGGAUGACGAGGACGAGGAUGACGAUAACGAGGACGAGGAUGACAAUGAAGAUGAUGAUGACGAUGAAGAAGGUGUGGACCUUUACUUCACCCUGAAGACCACUGUUGUCCGUGCCCGGGGUAUAGAGCUCCAUCAUUUCCAGUUCGUUCUGGACCGGUGUCUUGUCGGCCAUCCCGACCGUGCUGCUGCUCUCACCAACCUCGCGUGGGCCCGCCUUCAAGGUCAUAUUCGCAAUGAUCUCCAAGACAUUGACUCUACUAUAUUUCUAUUCCGCGACGCCCUUGCAUUGCGUCCGCAGGGCCACCCCGAUCGUCCUUCGUCCAUCUAUCAUCUCACUGAAGCGCUGACCUGGCGCUACAGCGAUCAAGAUACCCCCGCUGAUAUCCGUGAAUCCGUUCAACUCUACCACGAGCUACUACCUCUCUGUCUCGAGGGCACAUAUCUUCGGAGCGUUGCAGCAGGGGAUGAUGGUAUAGAUCAUGUGAUCAACGAAUGCAACGAUCUUCCAACGGAUGCAUCUGAUGAUGGCAUCCAACUUCGACGAGUUCAGUCGAAGCACGCUUUGAUGAACGCGGCAAGCAUCGAGGAUCUUGAAGAGAGCAUAAAACUUGGUCGUGAAGCCCGUUUCUCCUGUGCCCCCGAGGGACAUCCUGACCGUCCUGCCAACCUGAAUACCUUGGCUACCUCAAUCGGAUCCCGCUUCAAUCACCAAGGCAAAUCAGAUGACCUUGACGAGGCCAUCUCUCUAUUUGAAGAAAGCACUCAGUGGAGAACUUCAGACUGGCAUCAAGUCACCCCCACCCAAGGAUAUCCAGAACGCAUCAAGGCGGCUAUUGAAUGGGCUAGCCAAGCGGAAGUCUAUCAACAUGAAUCUGCACUCGAAGCAUACCAAAUGUGCUUGGAGCUUUUCGAUGAUCACGUCAUGACGCGAUCCUCCAUUAUCUCACGACGGGCAUCAUGCGCGAUUCGCCGCAAUGAUCUGCAACGAGCGGCUGAACUUGAGGAGCAGGGACGCGGUCAACAAUGGUCGCUAGCCUCGCGACUCAGGACUCCGCUGGACGACCUCAAAUCAGCAAGUCUGCCACUUGCUCACAAACUUUCAGAGCUCAGCAAGCGCCUGUCCGAUGCUCAGGGUUCUGCGAGCAGCGCAGACCGAGCUGCUGCUGAUCGGGCAGCAACAGAGUACAGAAAAAUCGCGGAGCAGUGGGAAGCUGCGGUAGUUGAAGUCCGCAACCUUCAAGGGUUCUCGCGAUUCCUUCUCCCACUAUCAUAUGAAGAUUUGCAAGUGGCAGCACGUCAUGGCCCAGUCAUCAUCCUCAUCGCGAGCGAAUACUCCCGCAAUGCUAUGAUAGUCCCAACGUCAGGGAAGCCCAUCAUGUUCCCUUCCCAGAUCUUGCUCUCACAGAUCUAGAGACGCUCAACGACGACUUUGCUAAGGCGAUACGGCAUGCAUCUUCUAUGGCCCAGAGCAGCCGAGGACCGAUCUGAUAGCACUCUUGCGGAAGAUCUGGGACGAGGGUCUGCUACCCAUUGUCAGGGUACUCCUGCGUGAUCUGAGAUUGCCGGGUCGCUCUCGAAUCUGGCUGUGUCCGACAGCAGCAUUCACAUCCAUCCCUCUUCAUGCAGCUAACCCGUUUCGGCCAAAGGC